CAACUGUGAACCAUUUGUCGGUUCCAAUGUAUGUGCAUCACGCGUUGUAAUCAAUGCUUCCAUUACGAAUAGUUUCAGAGUUUCAUAGUAAAAGCGUCAGUGUGUGAAUGUGUUUGACUCAUUGAAGCGCUAUAGUAAAUACUAGAUACAUUCACAUAUUUCGUUUUGGGCUUAGGAAAUUUCGAACACAUGAGAAAAAAGCCAACAUCAUACACACCAUAUCAAUAGAGAAUGACAGAGAAAGAGAACGGGCGAGAGUAAGAAAAAAAUGUGACUCAAUGAGCAAUAUUCUCAUGUUGUACAAACCGCGUUCAGUUUAUCGUCGGGCCUUGUCGCCGUGAGGCGUGUGUUUUAAUAUAAAAAUAAAGAGGAGAAGAGAAAAAUUUGUAUUGCGCAAAACGUUGUGCUCAUCGAUUUCAAGAGAGAAUUUACCUUUUUGUUCGCAACACAAAAAUUUUGUUCGAAUAAAACGACGUCGUUUUUUUUUUCUCUUAUAAUUUGAAGUGAAUACAAAAUUGAGCACGAGUUUUGUGAUUGAAAUGGCAAUGGUGACAUUGGUGUAAUCAAAAAGGUUUUUACAAACAGCGACAAAUGCCAUCGAAUUUAGUGAUAUUUUGUGAGUGUUGUUCACACAUCACGAUCGAGCAAUGAGUAAUGAAAAUGUAUGAAACAAAUGUUUAAUUCGUUGUGUCCCAAAAAUGCCAGCGAACACUGAAGCUCAAUAAAUGUUGGGCCAUAAAAUUCAUUAGCACACCGAAGAAGAAAAAAAAAAGUGUCUCGUCGAUCAUGUGCAAAGUGUUUUUGUUAUGAUUUUACGGCACAGGAAUAAUUUCCGAUGUGCUACGCCAAAAAGUGAUUAAAACGAUCAGAGUUUGCACAAUAAUAAUGAAGCUGAAAAUAAUUUGAACAAACGAGGAGAAAAAACAGCUUGAAAAUUGUAUACUAUUUCCGACAGACAGGAGGAGGCAGAGGAAAUAUAAACGAAAAUUGAGAAAUAAAAAUGUGAUGAUGCACAAGACAAACAGAAAAUCGGAUUGAAGAUUGAGAACGCACACACAUAGUACGCAUCGAAGCCAGAGCAAUUUCUUCUCAAUUUCACAUACGUUCGGUUUUUUUUUGUAUGAGUAUUGGCAUUGCUUAGUGUGUGGCUCACACAGAACCCAAACUACGACUGUAUAGAACAUAUAUAUAUCGCAAGAGAGUUUGCAAGCAACAACGGAAAAAAAUGAGAGAAAAACAAAACGCGACAUCAUGAUGCGAGAGUUAUGUAUAAAUCUCAGUAUUUUAUGUACUUGCGAUUGGCGUUGAAUCGCGUAUUUGUUCAAUUGAAACUUUUGCGUUGGCCGUUUAACGAAUAGCAAACACCGCGAGAUAUACUACAAAUACAGAAGAAGAAAACCAAACAUAUCAACAAUAUUGAACGUAUGAGUAUGUGAGAUGGGAUUCCGUUUUUGGAGUUGAACAAUUUCCAAAAACACACACACACACACACACACUCCGCUCAAAUUGUGCACACGAAUGCAAAAGAGGCAACAAAAAAAAAACAUUUAUAUCGAAUGAAGGAGAUCGAAAAAAAAAACGAAAUAAAAUAUUGACACAAAGUAAUCAAUUUAUGCAUUAAAAAAAUAAGACGAUCCAAAAACAGACGGACAAAUAUUGCCAUUUGCAUUCGAUUGUUCCGAUUUUUUGAGUUGCAUUGAAUGGCAAAGGACGCGCGCCAAAUAACACACACAGCGCAUCAGCAGCAUCAGCAGCAGCAGAAGCAGCAACACAGAGACUCGCGGUUUUAUUGAAAGCUAUAUACGCGUAGCAAAAAUAAAGGUUUAAAAUUAAGUGUGACAUAAUAAAAUGCAGAGUUAAGGCGUUCGUUCACAAUAUCGUGAGAAUCACUGUUUAAUCCACAUCAAACCGUUAGCAGAGUCAGUUCAGAGGCGAUCGUGAAUCGUGAAUAACAAUAAAAAUAAUAAAGAAAUUGCUUCUGCAAAGAUAAAAACAAAACGCACUGAGCAUCAACAACGGACGCAAAAACAUUAUUUUUUUAUUUCUGAAACGAAAGAAGCCGUACAACUCCAUAUGUUUUGUUACUAUUUUAAUCUCUGCUUCGCGAUUCUGUGCGAGUGGUUUUUUAUUCUGUCAUAGGCCCAUUGAUUGGUCUAGUUUUUUUUUUUUUCAUUUGGUUUUGUUUUGUUUGUGUCCAUCUGUUCGUACCCGAAGCGCUGCCAGUGUAUUAGAGGUGACGUGAUCGUGUGUAUGCUAUAUUGUGUGCAGAGCGUAUAUGUGUGGGGAGCUAAUCGAUAUCUCUCGCCAGUUCGGUGCAGAGACUGAAGCCUACUCAUUAUUUGUUUUGGUGGUGCGUCCGCGAUAAUAGGCUGCUUUCAUCGUUCCCAUCGACACGUUUAUUUGAAUAUUAUCGCUUUGUGUCGUCAAAGUUACGGACAAAAAAUUAUUAAAAAGCAGCAGAAGCACCACCACCAUCACCAAUAAACUGUUAUCAACCGAGAAAACUAUUCAGCGAUAUCUGUUCGAUCUGCCAAGUCGAAAGCGGGCGCGAUUUUGUGGACGAAAAAAAAAAAUUGUUGAAAUAGAUACGAAAAGAGUGCAACGGAAAAAGGAACAAAACAAAAAAAUCUGAGCGCGAAUUAACAUCGCGUUUAAAUUACAAUCAACGGCAAUUGAAUUGGGUGUUUGUUAUUGUGGCUACUGCCGUUUGUGUUGUUAUUUCUUCUUUUUUUUUUCGUUCGUUCACUUGUUUUGCAUUUUAUCAUUAUUUAUGUAAAUUCACGUGCGCUUCACAAUUUAAAUACAGUGAAUUAAUGUGUCUACUGUUUGCUCAGAUCGUGUGCAUAUCGCAAUCGAAACGCUAGCAAACAAAACGAUUUUGGACGUUUUUUUUUCGUUUUAAAAUUUCGCCGUGGAACUGUUGAAGGCGGAUUGAAAGAAGCAAACAAAGAAAAAAAACACUCUAUCGAAUAGUGAGAAGGUGAGCUUGGCUUGUUCAUCUAGUCGAGUUGUGCAUAUUGUGUGUGAUUUAAAUCAAGGCGUGACCUCAUCGAUUGCUUUUUGUGUGCGAAUUUCAUUUUUUUUUUCUCCUUGCCAACAUUUCUAAAACUGCGCUCACGCGAACACCCAAAAUCAAUUUUCAACGAAUUGAGUUGAAAUCCAUUCACUCGAGCAGAGCAGCAGCAGCAAGAAAAAAAGAAACGAGAGAAUGAACAAAGCAAAAAUACACUCGCCGAAUGGCCAUUAAGAUACAAACAAACGAAAAGAAGAAUAAUAAAGAAACGUUGCAUCCAAAACAAACCGCAAGAAGCGAAAGAACAAAGGAAUUGAAUCAGUUUAUUCAGUGGAAAUGAAACCAUUCGAAGAACAGUUUCGUUCGGUGAAAAGAAAAGUGAAGACAUUUUUGUGACAUUUCGUGACUCUUUUAUUUAUGUGAACGACCGCAAAAAACGACGAUAUUUUUUUUGUUAUUCGAUGAAAUUUUUCAAUUGUGGUUAUACAAACGCACGCGAAAAAGUAAAUUGAAGCAGCAGCUAUAGCAAAAACUUUGAAACUUUGUGACUGCACGACAAUAAAAAAAAAGAAAUCAAUAGAGAAAUUGUAUAUAUUGUUCGUUGUGAAUCGGAUUCCAAAUUGAUUAUUCAUCAACAUGCGACCGAAUACAUUGGCCGUUGCCACCAAGUAUCGAAAACAUCUGGAUACACAGAAAUUCAUAAGUGAGGCUCUGCAUGCAUGGCGAACGAAGGCCCGUUGCAAUAUAGUUCCAGCCGAGCGACUGCACGAACUGUUUGAAGAGCUCGAUUUCAAUCCGACCGAAAAACAAAUUACCGAAAUGUUACAAACGGCAAAAUUAUUUGCACGACGUGGAAAUGGUGGACUUGAACGUGGAAUGCCGUUAUCAAGUCGGCAUACGAACGGAUUGACAUUUGGUGAAUUUUGUGCGUUGGCCGCCGAUUUGAAACGAUUUCGAACCCAAUACCCACUGACGACGUCAUCGCGAAAAGACAGUGCUUAUACAUCGUUCCACGAAUCACAAGCGCCAACGAAAAAUGGCAGCAAAGACGAACUGAAACCAACCGAUUGCAAUAGUGCGCCCGAAGUAUUUUUAGGCGGUUCGUGUAAUCCAACCACUUGGCGAGCCGAUGUCGCCAUACCAACAUUGGAAAAACUAGGCAUUUCAUUUUACAAUCCGCAAGUAUCGGAUUGGACACCAGAUCUGAUUGAGUUGGAGCAUCGGGCAAAGGAGAAAGCACGAGUAUUAUUUUUUGUCAUGGAUUCCGAAACACGAGCUUCGGCGGCAGCCAUUGAAGUCGCCUACAUCUCCGGCCAUAAUCCACGGCAUUUGGUAUUGGUAUUGAAUCCAUACAAACCCGAACAGUGCAUUUUGAAUGAGCCCAUUUCACCACAAGAGUAUAUAGAUCUGAAGAGAAACCAGCAGCUACUGCGAGAAAUUGUUUCACGUCGUGGUUUGCCCGUUUUGGAUGACGUUCCCUCUGGUCUACAGCAAACGAAGGCCAUUUUAACUGGUACAUGCUUUUCAGCGCCACAAAAUGUUGCGUCGAAGUUGAUAACAAUCCGAAGGGCAUUCGAUAGAGCGUUAGGCGAUCAAUCAGAGAAUCCAACGGUUGAACGCAUCACAUUGGAACAGUGUCGUUGUGCCUUGAACUUCUUGGGCUGUUCACAAAAUCUACUACAAAUCGAAAAUUUGUCUGACAUUGUGAAGUCUCAUCGCGACAUGAGCAAUUCGAACAACCGAAAUACAGCGUCUAAUUCUGAAAUCACGAUUGAUUUCGAGGAGUUUUGCGUGUUAACGUCGUACCUUACAAUUUUGCAAGACGAAAUCAGUGAGAGUGGUUGUGUGUCACCGAUCAAGGGAACAAAUUUACCACCGCCGCCAAUUUUCCUCACAAAUACACCAGAAUGGCUUCACACACAUUCGGGCAUCGUUCGACAUGUACUUGAAGAACGAACGACGAAAGCUACUGACACACACCGUGACAGUGGAACAUCAUCACCGAUCAAUCCAGAUAGCAAUUCAGAGUCUGGGCACUCGAGCCGAAGCCUAAAAAUCAUCACACGAAACGAAAAUCAAUUGACGAGUUUCUCAAUAAAUUUGAACAAUGCGGCGCCAGCGAAGGGCAUCAGUUUUGAUCGGCAAACGACACACAGUGACGAAACCGAAGAAGAGCUCAGUGAUUCGAAUGAUUCAGUAUUCUCAAGUGGCAGCUCAAUCGAUUCCAUUCUCAAUUACAAUGGCCAAGAAUUUGAUGAAACUGAAUCGCUGGAUUUGCGCGACAUUUACUUGGGUGGAAGCUGUGCGCUACGAUCAAAUUGGCGAAACGAAGUUAUUGCAAUGUUGAAUGAACACGACAUAACUUAUCACAUGCCACAAUUGCACGAGUCACUCAUUCAUUCACAGCAUAGCGAUUUGGAUGGUCGAUUGUCCACAUCACCACCGGUUCAGAAUGAGCCAAGCUCAUCGAAACCACUCGAAACAUCGAGCAGUAACGAUAGUGGCAUUAGCACUGGCCAGCCUAGAAAUAGCUAUCGCACAGCAAACGGAACGGUCAUUUAUCCAUCGGGCAAACGAAUGUUCCAUUUGUCACUGUUGGAAUCGAGUCGAGUGCUUCUAUUCGUAAUCUCAAAUGAAACCAGAUCACUGGCACCAAUGACACUGGCCGCACACUGUGUCGGCAUGGGAUACAAUGUGGUACUGUGCGUUCAAAUGCUGUCCAACGAUUGCUGCAUUGGAGAUGAUAAGCUCACAUGUGCUGCCGUGAAAGACUACAACCGUGGCCGUUCCUACUUGAUAGAUUUGGCCCGACGACAAGAUGUGCCGGUAUUUAAUGAUCUUAAGCAAGCCGCCGAAUGUGCCAUUGAAAAGGUGAAGCAAUGCAAUAGCCGAUCGGCAACGUGAAAAUCGUGAAAAUUCACCAGCGCCGGCACAAAAUUCAUUUCUCAAAUAUUCCUCGAACACUAAAACAAAAGAUACGCUUGAAAUUUUUUAUUCAACUUACUAUUUUUACUACCUUUAGAACAAAUAUUGUAUAAGAAUUGAUUAAGGAGACUUUUAAUUGUUUAAUGUAUAAGUGAGGGAAUGUGUGUGUUUUUUCUUCUGAAAAUUAUGAUUGUUUUUUUUUCUAGUAAAUUUGUGGCAAAGCCUUAUUGUUUGAUAGAGAAACAAAAUCUGGAAUAAUUGUAUUAGAAACGCUUUUUUGCAAAUUAAUAUUUUAGCCUUUCACUCUCUGAAUUUUGGACUAAUCUUUUGAUAUUUUCAUUCGAAAGAAGAAGAAGAAGAAACGCAAUGAAACUAAUUAAAUCACACCUAAUUCAAAAUAUAUAUCUAAUAUAACAUUUGAAUAUAACCAGAACCACUAAUCGAAAAGUGAACGAAUGAAAAAGAAUCAAAGUCUCUCUAAAUUUAGCUAUAAAUCGUAUUUGAAACGAAAUAAAAUGUUUUCUACAUAUUAUGUAUAUUUAUAUUAUUUAAAAUUGAAUGUUAUGAUGAAUGAACUUAAUAAUUGAAUAUGGAAAUUAAUCCGAAAUAGAAGUUAGUGGUGAAGAUGAGUUUCUUUUUUGAAAUCAACACCGUGUUUUUUUUAUAUAUCUGUAUGUCAUAGGGAAAUUUACUUAUUUUUUACCAAUAAUACGCAAUGAUUCAUUUUGAAUUUUUUAAGCUGAACUAUUCGAUUAAAAAAAAACAUUUAAAAAAUCCACGACUAUGUGUUAAUAAAUUGACUAAACCGAAUAAAUCUAAUAUUCAA